AACAGUGAGGAUCUCAUGGCUUCUACAUUGAGAAAGCACUGCAGGAAUGACCAACCCCGUAACCAGCUGCGAAACACUGGUCUGCGGAGUGCAAAGGGAGUGUGAAAACUUAAGGCGCUGUCCAUGCUUCUGAAUGGCCCCGCGGUGAGGGGACCGACGAGCCCGCGAGCGUCAUCCUUUCCUGUUUCAUACCUGAGCUCUCGAGGAUGAUGGACGUCUACAGUUUGGACCACACAUUUUAAGGACUUGUGGAUUUAAAACGUAAAUGAAGAAUCCGCCUGGGCUUCGACAACAUGUUCCUGAACACAUCAUUUGUCACGUUCUUUCACUGGCUAUCUAUUUACUGAUCACCUCGACCCCGAAACAGCCAGUGAUCGUUCAUUCAUUCAUCAACAAAAAAAAAAUGAACUGUUGUGAAUGAGUUGCCCUUCAAGCGUAGGAGAUCUGCGAUUUAUUCUAAGAAGAGCAGCUAUACCCUUCGAGAAAUGGCUCACCUGCUUGUUUUGGUCAACUCCGUGGUCCUGUUGCUUUUUGGCAGCGACAUGUUCUUGGUAGGAGCAAACCGGCCACCACCUCCUGUUAAUGUGUCCGUCAUACACCUGCGAGCCGACUCAGCAACUGUAUCCUGGGAAGUUCCAGAGGGAGAUAUAAUAAUCGGCUUCUCAAUCUCACAACAGAGGCAGGAGGGACACAUGCAACGAUUCAUUCGGGAAGUCAACACCACCAGCCGCGCCUGUGUCCUUUGGGACUUGGAGGAGGAGACAGACUACAUCAUCCAGGUCCAGUCAAUCGGCCUUUAUGGGGAGAGCCAAGCCAGCAAGAAGGUCCACUUUCGCACCCUCAAGAAGACAGAUCGCUUCCCCUCUAACAGCUCCAAUCAAGAUGACCCCACUGUGCAGGGCUUGGAUAAGUCCCGACAUCUACAAACAGGAGAGAUGAUCAUCAUCGUGGUGGUCUUGGUCAUGUGGGCAGCUGUGAUUGCCCUGUUCUGCCGGCAGUAUGACAUCAUCAAGGACAACGACUCCAGCAACAGUAAGGAGAAGGCCAAGCCGUUAUCGGAGAGGAGCACGCCGGAGCACCACAGCGGAGGACUGCUUAGGAGCAAGUUUCAUCCUUCUGUGCCGUCCAUCAACAUCAUUGAGGUGUGAGAAGAAGCAACACAACGUUUCAUCUCUUCUAACAUCAAUGCAUUCCCCACCCUUCUCACUGAUGAGAACACAUGUGUAGUGGAUCGUCAUCAGCGAAUGAGGUUGGCUGAGGCUGUGUUUGCAAAAUGACACACAUGCAUGCACCCAGUAUUUGUAGGAAAGCACCUACAUGUACACACAUAAUACUGUAUCUACAUGACCCUACACACGCACACACAUUAGAGUACAGUAGCUACUCCUGCAGGUCGAUAGGACACAAACUAAUGUUAACCCUUGGUGCCGUUAACACUGACGACUGCCAGCCACAUGGUAUGUUAUUGCAGUAUAAAGGACACGAUCAUCUCUUGGAUGCCGGUCUUCAUGACUUUAAAGUGGCAGUGUAUUUUGAAUGGAGUUAGACACCAUGUUCACCUGGUAUAGGCAACUCAGCUCUUAGUAAAUCAACAUUUUCCCAUUGCAAAUACACUCUCUCAUCACACCAGUAUAUUAUUGUUCUGCUUUGGGCAGGGAGAGAAAGCAAACACAUGUAUUCAUUUGUAAGAACCGCUACAAUUGACAUGUCUUAAGGUUUCUAUUGAUAUUAAAAUGCCAUUUUCUGGAUAACAUUGUAUUUUUGCACCUUUCAUAACGUAUGUACAUAUUUCAUUCAUUUGCUAAAGUUGCAUGCAGGUCGUUUGCCUGUAGAAUAGCAUUUGAUGUGUGCUCUAAGUUAGACAAUGCAGAAAUAAACAUGAUUGCAGUCCAUUGAAGCUUAUUUUCUUCUGCCUGCUUUUAGAAAAGGACAUUUGUUUUUUAUCAUUAAGCGUUUCAUUCGAGAUCUUGUACAUUUCCUGACAAU